UCUGGGUUUUAGUUUAGUUUUUUGUCUCAAGACUCGGCAACUUGUGUUCCUUGGUUAUAUUUAUCUUCUGCUAAACUGAUAAAACCCUAGACAACUUUAAUUUGAUUUCAGACAUUAAUUCUCUCUAGCGUUCUUUACAAUAUCUUUAACAACUCUCGAAUUGUAUCUUCGAACCUUCAGUCAUGGGAAAGUCAAGGCGCAUAAUUUCCCUUCUUCUUCUUCUUCUUUUUAUUAAUGACUGGUGUUCUUUUGAUUUUAUUUAUUUAUUUUAUGUUUGCAGACAAGAUGCUGCGUCUAAAGCGGACCGUAAAUUCGAGAAGAAGGUUCAGUUCUAUAGCAAGGUCAGAGAUACAGUUGCUGUUUUGAAUGCUCAAAAAUCUAUUACCAAGAAGAAAAAGCUUCGAAGCCGACAAAAGAAAUUGAAAGCAUAUGACCUCUCUACCCUCACAGAAUUCCUCCCUGAGUUGAAGCCUCCUCAGCAAUCAAAACCUGCUGCCGAGUUUAAAUUGAAUUCUAAAUCAAGGCAAAAACUAAUAUUGAAGGAAGGGAAACAGUUAAGUAUGGUUCUUAACCAUCCGGCUUUCCAGGCAGACCCCCUCGGAUCCAUUCAUCAACACUUACUGAGCACACAACCUGUUGCGGAGGAGAAACCAAAGAAAAAGAUGAACAAAAAUGGAGGGAAGAAAGUAAAGGGGAAAAAGUCGAAAUCCUUGACUACGCCUCAGUCUAUGGAUUUCUGAUUUUCUAUUUUGAUGAGUCGUCAUGUCCAUAUCAUAUCCUGAAAAUUCCAUCACUCAAAAUUUUUGGUUAUCGCUGCCCCUGCAUGUUUAAUUGUGUUGAAACUUGUAAUCAAGUGGUCAGUCCUAUAGGAUGCUCCCUCUCUGGAUUGAACCUCCAUUUCUGAACUCGUUUAACUUAACAAUUUGUAAUUUGUGGAUGCAUUUCCAUUUGUUGUAGCCUUCUCCAUCAUGCCCAGAAUAAGUACUUUACAGCUGGAAGUGCAACGAUGAGACAAAUGCAUCCGAGCAUUCAGAUUUUAAU